AUAAGGAGUAAAGGAGAUCAGUAAAGCAAAACUAAGCUCGCCAUCCAUUCUAUCGAAAACCCAGUGAGUGAUCCAUGGCGCUCGCUAGCUGCUUCUUUCCUCUACCGCCUCCGUCUCGCGGCGCCUGCACUAGGGCACAUUCCGCUGCCGCGGCUACCGCCACUUCUCCUCCCUCCUCCGGAACCCUAGAAGCGAUUCUCAGUUCGAGGAUCAUCGCUUGCCUCCGCGCCCAAGAUGCUGAUACAGCCAUGGAAGCUGCCUGUGCUGCUCUAAGCGGGGGCAUAUCUGUUCUAGAGAUUGUGAUGUCUACUCCAGGGGUAUUGGAGGUUGUUCUUUUGUUCCAUCAUGUGGUAAAAGAGCUUCUGAACCAUUACCCUUCAUCAGUUAUAGGGGUCGGAACUGUCUUAAAUGCUGAGGAUGCAAGAAAAGCUGUUAAUGCUGGAGCUGGAUUCCUGAUGAGUCCUGGUACAAUAAUGGAAAUAUUAGUUGAUCACCACAAUAGUAAUGUGCUAUAUAUUCCAGGAGCAAUGACGCCAACAGAAGUAUUAUUUGCACAUAAUACUGGCGCUAGAAUUGUCAAGAUUUAUCCAGUCUCAAUCUUAGGUGGCGAAAGAUAUAUUUCUGCACUUAAGAAACCAUUUCCCCAUAUUCCAAUGGUUGCUUCGCAAGGCAUCACAACAGGUUGUCUACAUCAAACACAUAGAAUUCUUCACUUACUUUUUAACGUUGAAUUCUUCGCCUUUUAUUAUAUUUUUCUGCAAGAUUAGAUUUUCAUUCCUUGCUCAUCGUCUCCAAAUGGAUAGAAUUUCAACAAUUUCAUGUAUAGUGUGUUCUUUAUUGGUACAUAAAUUUAUUUCUGUUAUUUGUGUUGGUCCCUUUGGAGGCCGGCAAGAGGGGAGGGGUGAAUUGCCCUACAAAAUAAAACAAGAAAAACCCUUCUCGGAUAUUCAACUAACUUAAAAGAA